AUGGCAGUUAAGGCAUUGAACCAAGCGAGAUUGGAAGCAAAUGUUAGAGUGUAUGGAAGUGGAAAUUACCAGAAGAAAUGGCCAAGUCCAUUUGUAGUUGCUUGUGGUGUUUUGCUUUUGGUAUCGUUUCUAAGAUACGUUUAUCACCCGGUUCAAUGGGUGGCUCUUGGAGCUGUUGCUGUUGGUAUAUUUGUUUUGAAAGCCAUAGCUGCCAUACGCAACUUCACACUCGAUAUCAACAUUCUUAUGCUAAUUACAGGUACAUACCUUACAGAUCUAGCUAUA